AUGAAUACGACCUGCACGGCGAUCCCCGUUGCAUCUGUGUUGGCUUCUGCUGGGCGCGAUGCCUCUCCACUGUCAGGCAGUGCCAACGCGAUCUUGGCAGUCCACCUUUUGCCUCCUGCCCCACGGGACACGCCUUCAUGCACAUCAGACGCUGCGGCCGUAAAGGCCGCCCUUAGGCAUACUAAUGCGCAUGAUGGGGCAGCUGGGGCGCCUGAGGGAUUUAGCACGUUGCAGUUACUUGUGGCGGCUCCGCUUGAAGACGGAGCAGCGCCCCGCUUGCACAUAGGCGCAGGGUCUUCUCUGCUGUUAGUGGUACCCAAAAGCAGGAGCAACAGCAGCGAGGGAAGCGGCAGCGGAGGCGACCAAAGCGACGCUGCUUUGCAGCAAGUGGCAGCUGAGGCAGCAGUACAGGCGCUAGGCCGCUGGGUGUUGUCACCUCUUAAGGACGGCGCUGCGGUCUCUGCCGACCUGCGCAUUCGCCUGUGGCUGCUUGGAGACACAGGCGAAGUCCGAGGUGAGGAGGGAGACAUAGAUUUGAACGGCCAGACAAAAGAGGGGGUCGGCUUCUCUGGUGGGGUCGAGGAUAUAGUAGGAGUUGCUGGGGCUGCUGUUGGGGGGCCUUCCAGUAGGGCGUUAGGGACUUCCGCUCCCCCGCAGCUUAGUUGGGACGGCUGGGCCUUGUUGCGGAUCCACUUGCGGGGUUUUCUGGAGGCGAUCAGCAGUCUCCUUGAUCUACAAAUCACAUCUCAGGUAGUGCCUGACAGUGGACUGGGAGAAGUGGAGUGGGAUCUCCUACGACGGGGGGAGGAGCUUAGGGGGAAAGCGGAGAAGGCGUUUCAAGAGGAAACGGUGCGGCGGUUGCUCGUUUUGCAGGAGCAGUGGGGAUCGGAUCCUGACUACAGCCCCUCUGCCUCUGUUGUGAACCUCACUCUCUACAGGCCUUCGUCGCGAACAGAGGCCUGGGCGCCGGGCUCUGCCGUGGCGCUCCCAUCUUGGGGCUUUCUCACCUUUGGUGUGCCUUCGCCAGGGUCAGGAUUCAGAAAUCGGGCAUCUGACUUUAGUUCCCAGCGUCUGGAGGAGGAGGCGGCUGUGCGCGGUGCCUGGAUAGCGCAGCUUCGCUCUGUGUUGGGACUGCAGCCAACUCCUGAGUUGCAGGAAGACGACCUCGCAGAGCUCUCCUGCCGCCCACCUGCUGAUAGCACACUUUGUGGGGAGCACUGCCGUGCGCAAAGGUGUGCGUGGAGAGUCGCGGUAGCCGAUCUCACUGAUCCCACCGGCUACACAGGGGUCGCCCAGAAGGGAGAUACCUCGGACUUGCUUUUUGGUGAUGCUGGUUUUGCAUUGGCGCCGAUUAGGGCGGUGCUGGUGGCACGCAGGGAUUCCUUCGACAAACGUGUCGGGGUGUAUGUACACCCGAGCAGCAGGGGCUUGACGGAGUGGGAGCUUGGCGGCUUGGCUGCUGAUGCGCACUUUAAAAUGAUCACUGAAGCAGCAAAGAACAUCCAGACGCUGCAUAGCGUGUUGGUUGAAGGAACCGACGUUCGCGUCACGAAAUACGUGGCGCAAGCCAUGCACGGUGUGCUGAAUCAGAUACAGUGCAGUUUGCAAGCCUUGCGCAUGCAGCGGUGCCCUACGCUGCCAACGGCAGCAAGAGAGUUUCUUCUGCGUGUGGACGCGGAUAUUUGCCCCAUGAAAGACUCCGACGGGGUUCCAUUGUUAGGUGCUUUAGGCCCUCCCGCUGGACGGGCGGAUGGGUGCGGCGGGUUUUCAAGGAGUUCUCCUUCAGGAAAGACUGCGGUGUACAGACAACUCGCGCUGCUCUUGGCGCGGGCGGCAAUGAAAGAUGCAAAGGCUCUCCUGACGGACGGUAGCCUAGAGCCUGCGCCGUUUUUCUCACUUCACUUCAACCUGGCGGUACAUGUGCCGCUGCUGCUGCCUUUCGUGUUGCCAACAGUCGUAUCUCUCAGCAGGGCUGCCAAGUCAGCCUUAAGAAAGUGA